AUGUAUUUUAUGGAAACCUUCAUCGCUUUGCUAUCCAUUAGUUUUGUUUUAGGAAAUUCCCAAUCAAUAGAUGCUAAUAAAGAUAUUGUUGAAGUUAUUAAAAAAGUAGAUGAAAUCGCAAAAGUUGAAAACAUUAACAUCGGAAAAGUUGAGGACAUAGGAAAUGUCGAGAAUGUGGGAAAUGUCGAUAAUGUCAAAGACGGUAUCGGAUCUGAAGAGUCAACUGAUCCAACGAUAGUUUUCUCUGAGACCAUCAAUAGUGCGACCAAAUUGUUGUAUGACUUGGACGCACACGUUCAGCAAUUAGUGCCCAACAAUGCCGACGAAAUUUCAACCACUUUGGGCACCACUGAAUCGGUCACAUCUGAACCACAUAUCUAUAGUGCUAUCAGUAGUGAGUUUGAGUUAGCGCUGUCUAAACAGGGAGAAAGUGUCGGUGCUUUGGUCACACAACUCGACACUCUUCAGCAAAGAAUACAGGAUACGGUAACUGAACUGACAAAUAGGCGCCGAUAUAUUUUGAGUGCAAUGUUAAGACCAAUGCUUAACUCUGUCCGUCGUAUCAGAUCUAAUGUCGUCAGAAUUCAAACACAAUUAACAAGUAUUCAGUCGGCAGCAGCUCAGGUAGGAACACGACCCGGUGGGGCCCAGACGUUAGGUGCCGCCGACCAAACUGCUAUCGAUAGUAUUAGAAAACGAGUCGAUGAUAUCCAGAAGCGAAUCAGUGAUAUUAUUGGUCGCAUUAGUUCAUCCCUUAACAUUCCUGGCGCCAGUCCCGCAGCUGUCAGUCAAAACAAUCAAAAUAAUCCUCCGGCGGGUCGUUGA